AUGAGUAACAAUAGCAGUGGUGGUAAUAAAUUCUCCUUCUACCCUGAUGGGUACCAUCAUGAAAGUGGAGUAGGAGAUUGGAAUAGCUCCACUGUUAGACCACCGAGACCUCAUCAAGAGGAUGUUGAUCGUAAAGAUGGUCUGACAGCUUCGAAAGUUUAUCAGAACCUCAAAGAGAAAUAUGGUUUGGGUGGUCCUGAGCCUGCCACAGGGAGCAGUGUCAGACUUGCGAUCAGUACCAACACCGAAGACGAAGAGUUACCUCGACCUGGUAUGGUUAAGAGAAGAGUAUCGGACAUUGAAUCUAACAGUGGUUCAGAGAUCGCUCCUCAUUAUACUUCUUCUACCAUGGCAAGUAAUGCAAGACGAUCUUCUGUAGGUAGUACAAGUCCCUCGACUCCUUCCAGUCCUAGGUUUUCUUUCUCCGCUGGUACAGGAUCGUCACCACCCAGUCCUAGAAGACGAGGAGAUGACUUGGUCUCUCCUGGUGCUACUUCUGGCCGAAAAGGAUUGGGUAUCAUGGGACUUGAUACUGCUUUAGAAGAAUCUUUUGAUGAAGCGUAA